GCAUCCUUGCCUACCCCAAAUGACUCAGUGGUACCAGUUGCAGCAGCUUGAUUCCAAAUUCUUGGAACAAGUACAUCAGCUGUAUGAUGACAGCUUUCCUAUGGAAAUCAGACAGUAUCUGGCACAAUGGCUGGAAAAUCAAGACUGGGAGCAUGCUGCCAACAACGUUUCAUUUGCUACAGUACUGUUCCAUGACCUCCUGUCACAGUUAGAUGAUCAGUUCAGUCGGUUUUUAAUAGAAAACAACUUUUUGUUGCAACACAACAUAAGGAAAAGCAAACGAAAUCUUCAGGAUCAUUUUCAAGAAGACCCAAUACAAAUGGCAAUGACAAUCUACAAUUGUCUGAAGGAGGAAAGGAAAAUAUUGAGCAGCGCCCAGUUGUCAGACCAGAUGCAGGUAGGAAACAUACAGAAUACUGUAAUGCUGGACAAACAGAAGGAGCUUGAUAUGAAAGUCAGAAGUGUAAAGAACAGUGUUGUGGAAAUAGAACAAGACAUCAAGACACUAGAGGAUGUACAAGAUGAAUAUGACUUUAAAUGUAAAACCUUACAGAACAGAGAAAAUGAGCCCAAUGGAGUGGCACAGGAUGAAUAUAAGAAAGAACAACUUGUCCUCCAGAAGAUGUUUCUAACACUUGACUUUAAACGAAAGGAAGUGGUGACGAAAAUAAUAAAUCUGUUGAAUAUAUCUGAGCACACACAAAGUGCUUUGAUUAAUGAAGAGCUUGUUGAAUGGAAACAUAGACAACAAAUUGCUUGUAUUGGUGGACCACCCAAUGCCUGCCUUGACCAGCUACAAAACUGGUUCACUAUGGUUGCCGAGAGUCUUCAGCAAGUCCGUCAGCAGCUUAAAAAGCUUGAAGAAUUGGAGCAGAAAUUUACAUAUGAACCAGACCCUAUCACAAAAAACAAACAAGUCCUGCAAGACCGGACAUGCAGUCUUUUCAAACAACUCAUUCAGAGUUCUUUUGUGGUAGAGAGGCAGCCUUGCAUGCCAACUCAUCCUCAAAGGCCAUUGGUCCUGAAGACCGGAGUGCAGUUCACAGUAAAACUGAGAUUGCUGGUGAAGCUACAGGAACUGAAUUAUAAUUUAAAAGUGAAAGUCUUAUUUGACAAGGAUGUGAGUGAGAAGAACACAGUGAAAGGGUUCAGAAAAUUUAAUAUUCUGGGAACAAAUACGAAAGUAAUGAACAUGGAGGAAUCUACUAAUGGAAGCCUAGCAGCAGAGUUCAGGCAUCUGCAAUUAAAGGAACAAAAAAAUACAGGAAGCAGAACUAAUGAGGGUCCUCUCAUUGUAACAGAAGAACUUCAUUCCCUCAGCUUUGAAACUCAGCUGUGCCAGCCUGGGCUAGUAGUAGAUUUAGAGACCACGUCCCUUCCCAUUGUUGUGAUUUCAAAUGUGAGCCAACUUCCAAGUGGAUGGGCUUCUAUUUUGUGGUACAAUAUGCUGACUUCUGAACCCAAGAACUUGUCCUUCUUUCUGAACCCGCCUUGUGCAAGAUGGUCUCAACUUUCUGACGUACUGAGUUGGCAGUUCUCUUCUGUAACUAAAAGGGGACUUCAUGCAGAUCAGUUGAGCAUGCUGGGGGAGAAACUUCUUGGUCCAACAGGUGGAUGCUCUCUUGAUGGCCUUAUUCCUUGGACAAGAUUCUGCAAGGAAAAUAUAAAUGAGAAAAAUUUUCCUUUCUGGCUGUGGAUUGAGGGCAUACUGGAACUCAUUAAAAAACACCUCUUAUGCCUCUGGAAUGACGGCUGUAUCAUGGGCUUUAUCAGUAAGGAGAAAGAACGUGCUUUGUUAAAGGUCCAAAGGCCAGGGACAUUUUUACUGAGAUUUAGUGAAAGUAGCCGAGAAGGAGCCAUCACUUUUACCUGGGUAGAGGGAUCUCAAAAUGAACCUCAGUUCCAUUCCGUAGAACCUUAUACCAAGAAGGAACUCUCAGCUGUUACUUUCCCUGAUAUCAUUCGCAACUACAAAGUGAUGGCGGCUGAAAAUAUUCCUGAAAAUCCACUGAUCUAUCUGUAUCCAAAUAUUCCCAAAGACAAUGCCUUUGGGAAAUACUACUCCAGGCCCAAGGAGACCUCUGAGCCUAUGGAUUUAGAUGGCCCCAAAGGGAAUGGAUACAUCAAAACUGAAUUAAUCUCUGUAUCUGAAGUCCACCCGUCCAGACUCCAGACCACAGAAAACCUCUUACCCAUGUCUCCUGAAGAUUUUGAUGAGGUGUCUCGAAUGGUGAGCCCUGCAGAAAUUGAUACUGUGAUGUGUUCAGCCUAUCCAACUUAAGUGGUCCCGGUCUCUCACCUAUACCGUUUGCACAUGUGCAUCCUUAGGUAGCUUGCAUUUUUCUCCUUCCCUGUUCCACAGCCUGCCGAGGUACUCAAGGCUUUGUAUAGUUUGUGGCUAGCUUUCUCCAAAUUCUGAGGGAAGCCCUUGAAUAGUGUGGCACACCAGUGCAUCAGGCUGAUGCUUCAGUUCAAUUAAGGAAUUGAACUUCUUACUGAGUUAAGUAUAAAAAUGAAUAAUAACUAGAGUAUGGUACUGAUUGUGAUACUACAUUUGUUUAAUUGUAAUUUUCAAUGGGCUAGAGAAUUUUCUGUUACUGCAACACUCCAGGAGAGAAGGUUGGGGUGGGAAGCUGGAAGUCUAUGGACCGUUGAGGCUUUUGAUUGGGAGAGCAGUGUAGGUUUAUGGGCGAAGCCCCCAAUUAUUCUAAAUGUAUCAUAAAUGAAAUAAUUAUGUUGACAUUUAUAAUGUUGUCUUCAGGUUUUAAAGUAAGGGUAAUUCACACCUGUGAGAGUGGUUUCAGACUGCCCUCAUACACAAACAAUACAGCUUCAGUUUGCACUUUGACUCACACUUGGAAGGCUUUUUUUUGCAAUGAAGAGAUCUAGAAUAUUUUCUUUAAAAUGAAAGCUUACUUCCUCAAAGGGUACAGCCACAAACUGCACUGGGCUGUUUGCUUCUGCUCUGCUAAAUCAGUGACAUAUGCUUUUUUUAUUUUGUUUUACUACAAAAAAGCAUGUUAUGGUAAGAGUGGAAUACAGAUCUACUACUUGUACUACUCAUUGAGAAAAGAAAUACCCAUGGAAGAGGAUGUCUCGUCUCUCAAAAUCUUUUUCAUGUAGAAUAUUCCCAAAGGCUGUUAUGUCACCCCAAAGAACAGUGUUUGAACACAUGCUGCAUAUUUUGUUUUCAGCCAUGGCACACCGGAAUUGAAAGCCAGACACUGUAGAAUUAUGCACAAUAACUUACGUGGAGUAUAGUUCAGUAAAAUCUUUGAGAGGCAGUAGAGAGAUGUUUCCUCAGAGGGUCCUUAAUCCAAACACUGCCCUCCCUCCAACCAUCAUUGCAAACUAACUGCAAGGAUUUCUCCCCGGCGGGUCUUUGCUCUUGCUGCACAGACGUCAUAGCCUACACCUGUGCUGGUAGUUACUUGUGGGGGUUAAAGUGCUGUGACAUUGACAGAAUUAAUUAUUGUCUAAUAUGAAAAUUCAUGUGUCCACUAAGUAGUCACAAAGCACAUAAAAGUUUAAAUUUAAAAUUUAAUUUUAAAUAACUGUUACCCAAAGUAUAUUAUGAAUAGGGGGGAUGUCUGUCAUUGUGACAUAGCUGCCAUCCCAACAAACAAAAUAUUGUAACAUUGAUACUGGUGGGGGGAUUAAGCCUGAAAAAUAGAGAAUUGAAAGAUCCUCAAGAAAUGCACAUUUGUCAAACUGACAGAGGCAGCUCUUGGCCAGGCAGACUGCAGGCCAAGAAGAUGGAUGUGCACUAAAUCGCUGAGACUUUUCUGUUGACUUGAUUGAGAGUAUGAGCAAGCCCAUUCAGAGGACAAGUGUGUCUUGCUUUCCUCUUUGUAAUAACAAACAGCACUCCUAGCAUCUCCACCCCACAGCGAAAGAAGCACUGUUACCUUAAUUGAAAAAUAACACAUUUGUUUUAGCCCAGGUUGCAGUUAGAAACCUGUGGCAGGCCAGUGCCAGCUGCCUGUGCUCCUGAGGCUUGGGCUAAGGGGUUAGUGGAGCUGUUCUCGCUCACGGUGCAGCCUGAACUCUGGGACCCACCCACCUUGCAGGGUUUGAGAGCUCGGGCUCUAGGAUGAGCCCAAGCAGCUACACUGCAAUUCAAUAGCCCCCUUAGCCCAGGUGAGCUGCAGGUUUUUAACUGAAGCACACACAUACCCUAAAGGGCUUGACUGCAGCACAACCCCACUGAAGUCAGUGGUACUAUGCUGAUUUUCACAGACUACAGUCCCUGCUGCUUUACAUGUUUAUACUGACCACACUGAUUUUGCCCGUAGUCUCUUUGGGGGGGAGAGAGAGGGUAACACUUCAAAGUAAGAAUAAGAGCCUCCGGAAAAGGGCACUUUUUCCGGAGGAUCGGGGCCAGUCUAGACGCUCUUUUCCGGCUUUUUUAAAAGCCGGAAAAAAGCGGCGGACAUUUUUAUUUAAAUGCCGCGGGGGAUAUUUAAAUCCCCCGCGGAUUUCCCUACGACGACUCGUGAAAUUUACAUGCCCCUUCCGGAAAAGGGGCCAGUGUAGACGUAGCCCUCCUGUACAUACUGGGCAUCCCAUUAUUAACGAAGUCAUGUUUUAGAACACUUCUCAUUUUUAAUAUUGAUUAUCUGAAAGAGGGCUGCAUGGACGCGCAUCUUCAUUCAUAACCACAGGUUAAAGCAAGAUGAGUCACAAGUGACUGUGUUAGGUGCUUAUAGCCCACACAAGCUUUGGUACUUGGAGGAAGAGAAGACUUGUUCUCAAUAGAUUGGAAGCUAAUUAAGUCAUGGUUACCUAAUGAGGAUGGUCCCUUACACAGAUUUCAUUGAUUUUCAAAUCUCACUACGCAUUCAUAAUUCCUCAUGAAAUAGGAAGUCACUAAUUUGCUCUCCUCAGAGUUUCAAUAGCUGUAAUACUUUGGCUCUUGCUGCACUGAGGAACAUUUUGCGAAUUAGCUUAUAAGUGACAUGGAACUACAUUGCCACAACAACAUGGAGUGCAGUAGCAUUUUAAAAACUAUUAAAUGUAUUAGGGUAGGAGAGCAUAAGCUUUCAUGAGCUACAACUCACUUCCUCAGAUGCCGAAAGGGAAAAGAAACACAGAAAGAGGGGAAAAAAAUACAGAGAUGGAAGUGUGACUUCAGUGCUAAUUAAAUCAGAAUGGAUGUGGCUAAUCUCCAACAGUGGUGAGGUCAGAGUUCCUGAAUGGGAAAUAACCUGUUGUAAUAUGAGAACCACUCCAUGUGUUUGUUUAGACCUUGGUUCAGGAAGUCAAAUUUGCAUAUGCCUUUCAACUCAGCAGUUUCUCUCUGUCUGGAUUUGUCUACACUGCAGGGGUUUUGUGCGAGAAGCUUUUAAAAUUUCUUGCACAAAAGCAUGUCCACACCUCAAAAGCGCAUUCCAAAAGCAAUGUUCUUUUGCGUAAGAGAGCGUCCACACUGCACAGAUGCUCUUGUGCAAGAAAGCUCUGAUGGCCAUUCUGUGAAUGACCAUCAGAGCACCUGUGCUUUUUGAGAUAGGCUCUUUUUGUGCAAGAAACCCCUGCGGAGCAUCCAUUCAUGCCUUUUUGCGCAAGAUCUGUAGCGCAGAAAGGAGUUAUUCCAUGAGGAUAUUCCAACUCUACUGGCAAAAAUCCUCUAUCUUGUCGAUUUACUGUGGUUUUUUUUUUCCCCACAAAAACUCACUUGAGAUGUGGACGCUCUGUCGGUUUUUGCGGAAAAACUUUGUAGUGUAGACAUAGCCUUAGAGAAAUCAGACUUUAAGAAUGGCAACAUUCAAAAGCCAGUGGGGGCGCACUUUAAUCAGCAGUUUUGAACUAGCAAGUUGCCGUUCUCAGGCAGAAAAACAGACUGCAGAGAGACACUGCUGAGCUGGAAUUAUAAGCAAAUUUAACACCCUGAACCAAGGUCUAAAACACACAGCGUAGUUCUCCAUUUACUAUUCAGGAACAAUCACUUUCUCACCACUGUUGGAGAUUAGCCACAUCCAUUCUGAUUUAAUUAGUACUGUUGUAACACUCCCAUCUCUGUAUUUUUUCCCUACGUCUUUUUUUCUCUUCAGCAUCUGAGAAACUGAGUUGUAGCUUAUGAAAGCUUAUGCUCUACUACCCUAAUACAUUUCUUAGUCUUUAAAGUGUUACCAGACUCCUUGUUUUUGCUGAAGCAGACUUAGACAGCUACUUCUCUGAAAACUGGUCAGAUAGGUUGAAAAGGUGGAGCCUGCUUCGUAAAAAGGAAGUGGUAAAGCGUGCCAGUAAGUGCUACCUACUAGGGAUGUUAAAAUUCAUAGAAUUAAGUAACUAUGUAACUGCUGAAAAUUUCAGCUGUUACACGGGGACAGCAGUGGGCAUGAAGCAACAGAUGGUUCUAUAGGAACCAUCUUUUAAGCUGCCUCCCCAUGCAUACUGGGAGCCGGUGUGUUACUGUGAAUGUUAACCAAUGACUAUAGGCUCAUCGUUAAAGUUUUGCAUGUGGUUAAAGUUUUACAUCACUGCUGCCCACAAAGAAAGGACUAUGAUUUUCUGACUAUGAAAAAUCCUGAAAGGAUCCGUGAGGAAUGUUUGCUUAGGUGGCAAAAUCGUGCCAGUUUGCUUUAUUUGGAUUCCGCUAUCUAAAAAAUCAAUGAUCAUAAAUGAAAAAUAUAUCAACAGCUUAAUUUUAUUUUUGUUCUCUUUUUAGAGUAGCUAAAUGUACAUAAAUAUUUAAUAGCUAUCAAGUAAAGUGAUGUAGAUGUAAGACCUGUGAUGUGUUCUGUACAAUAUCUUUCAAAUACCUAUUCAUAUUGUAUCUGCCAGUCAGAUUUUCUCACAAAUUCAAAGAUUUACCAGGCAUAGAUGGCUUUAUGCCAUUUUUGCAUGGAUGAUCAUUAUAAUACCAGAUAUAGUCUUUUCCAGGUUAAAAAAACCCUGAAGUGUCACUUAGUGUCACAUGGUUAUUAAUAAAUGAGAUUGAUACAAUAAUCUUAAAAAAACAAUGGACUCAUGAAAUUUCAUUGAAUUUUUGACAUCAUGAAGGCUUCUAUUUGAUUGCAAGACCAUUGGGGCAGUUUCAUCUCUGUAUGGAAGUCAGCUGGUUCUGUGAGAGGAAGGGGCAUGAAUAGGUAAACUAUAAUGGCCUUGUAAAUACGCUCAGGGCCUUCUUUCUGAAGAGAGGAGGGAGCAGUUGGAAAAAGCCUUGAAAAUGAUUCUGAACAUCUUCCCUUUUAGCAUAUACACUUGUAAAAAGAACAAGACACACAGCAUGGAUGCUUUUAAGAGAGGCAGUAUAUAAAAUCUUCAUUGCAGCCACUGAGCUGCUAUUGUGCCUCAUUUCAGUAACACACUAUUCAGAAAAGUCUCCGAAGGAUACCUGUGGUAGUCUGUAUCUGCAAAAACAGCAAAGAGUUUAGGCCCUAAUAAAUCUGUUAGUCUCUAAGGUGCCACAGGACUUGUCGUUGUUUUUACAAUAUUCAGAAUCACUUGAAGAUAGAUGCAAAGUUAUUUUUUAAAAAUUCUCCAACUUGUUAGAACCAGGAAUACAGCUUUCUCUUCCUACUAAUGCUGGGCAACUUAUUUCAGACCAAAUUAAUUUUUCAUUGUAUUGUGACUUGGUGAUAGUAGUAGCCUAGAAUGGGCCCUCCCGGGCUUGGCUAGUCUGAUGCCUAGUAGCACUCACUUUUUAAUGUAGUUAAGCAGUCAGGAUAAAUUCUCUGAAACUGCUUUUUAUUACAGGUUGAAACUCUCUUAACUGGCAUUCUUAACAGGGACUCUGGUCCGGCAACAUCUGUGGUACAACAGGAUCACAGAUGUUCCAGGACCAGUGAGUUCCAGUGGAGGGCAAACACCAGGGAGCUGGCAGGUCAGCGGGAAUCUGCCGCAGUGGAUAUGUGGCUGCCCGGAGCAGCAGCAGGUGUCAGGCUCAGCUGUGGGAACCCAGCUCAUAGCGGCAGUGGGGCUGCACAUCAGAGCCUGGUAUGCAAAGGCAGUGGGGCUGCAGCAGGAACCCAAUGCGCACACAGGUGGUGGGGCUGUAUCACACAGCAGUGGAAGCCCAGCAAGCAGAGACAGUGCAGCUACCCAGCGCACAGAGGUGUCGGCACUGCCCAAUAGAGCAGAUGGGGUUGACAGGACAGCAGGACCACCAAGAAGGGGAAUCCAGCUGCGAGGGCAGUGAUUGGGCCAGGGCUAGAGGGGGCUGAUGGCAUCAGGGCAAGAAAUGACCAGUCCUGCAAAAUCCCUCAUCUGGGAUGGGACAGGCCCUGGACCAGGGAGGUCUAACCUGUAUGUCUAAUUUGUAAAUCAUGUGUGAGGAUGCACUCGUCUACCAUCACUGGAGGAAAUUGAAGGUGUUCGUUGAAGACAUUGUCAUUCUCUAUCAGAUUGUUUGAUUGUAUUACAUUAUAUAAAGGUGGGUUUUGCUCCAGAAGGCCAUUCCCAUCUUGAAACCAUGAAAGUCUCCACUCCUGGCUCCAAUUUGAGAUCUACUUAGCAUAAGUGGUGAUGGUUUUCAGUAGAAUCCCUUGAUUGCUUCCACAAUUUUCUGCUAUAGUAUGAGGCUGGGCUUUGUUAAGGAAACUUCAGAAGCAAAAAUGAUGCCUACAUAUCCCUAUUUCAUUUUGUGGUUCUUAGCUAUUUCAAAAGCCAGAGCAUCCAUCUAAUUCCUGAUUCACCAGAUUCAGGGAUCUUCCUCAUCUCAGCAGUAACCUUUAUUCCUAAAGAAUAGAAACAUCCUUAAGACCAGCUGCUUCUUAGAAUACCCACAGAAGGUUAGUUAUGCCUUUUAGUAUCAUUUCUCCAUCACCAGCUGGGCACCUGUACUGGUGAAGAAAAGCUUGAGCGUGCCUAUUUGGCAUUUUCAGGCUUUUAGAUUUGAAACUGGUAGGAGGCUGUGCCCCCUGCUAGCUGCACUUGCCACCCCACCCUCUGAACCAGCCCCAGUCUCUUGUGCCCCCUCAACCCCAGCUGCUGGUGAGGGGAGCCAGGGCCUCUACCUCCCCCCUUACAAUCAGUGUGGGCCUCUGGUGCCCCCCCCCCCCCCCAACUACAAGCCUGGGCUUGCAGAGAAGCGCUAGGAGCCUAGUUCUGAGCUAAUGGGAUUAGCAGCAGGGAGGGGGGAGAGGCUGUGGGAUGCAGAGUGACACAAUGACAUCACUCUGCCAUCAGAAAUUUUUUUUAAUAUAUAUAGAGAGAAUAUUCAAUACGCUUGAUGAUUGAUGCUAUAAUUAAAGCUUGGCACAAGACCUUCCCAGUACAAAAGUAGCCUCAAUACUAGAAGGCUUCAAAGCCGCCUGAGAUGAAAGGCACCACACAUUCCACUCGCUUUGGCUAUUUCUAUUAGAGGGGGGUAAAUGAUAUAACUAACCAAUAAAAAAAACUCUCAUACAUCAAUAAUUUUUGGUAUUCUUGUUUAAUUGUGCUGUAAAAAGCAAUAAUACCUGGAUUUUAUUCAUUAAAAUAAAUAUCUUUCAUUUUCAGAACCAGUACAGCUCUAGUAAUUUUAAAUUUAGAUUCACUUACAAGAAAUUGCUGAAAGCAAAUACAUUCAUCACUGUCUAUUCCCCACAGUAAGAAAUCUAAAAUGUCACAUCAAUCAGUCACAAUUGCUGAUAGUAUCGCAUCAAUGAAAACACUCAUUGACUGUCCAGUUCUGUAGCUAAAAAGGUAUCAGUCCACUACAUCACAUUUUUCACAAAAAAGCUGGGAUAAUUAACGCUAAGAUCAGCACAAUAUUUCUUUGUACAAAGCAUUAAGUUAGCUUAACCAUUUCUAGCUGCAGUGAUACAUAAGCACAUAUAUGACAGCACAGAAAACUCUUUGGAGCAUAAGGAUGGCAGUAUUUGAUAAGCCAUUUAAAUUAAAAUGUGUGUGUCAGUGCCAGCAAUGAUGAGCAGCCAAACAAGUGAACAACAUUUAUAAAUAAUUGCAUAUAUAAAUAAAUGCACUGCUUCCACUGGGCACAAUCUUUGCAAAAUAAUAUCUCCUGGUACAAUGAGGAAAAUAUUACCAAAACUGUCCUGAUAAAAAUGCAUCGGUGCUAUAAAUCUUGCUAAAAGCUCUUAAUAUGGGGGAGAAAAGCAUUCGGUUUAGGGACAGUCAUAAGCUCACUGAUAGUUAAUUAAAAUACCUUUAUAUUUCAGUGCAUAUACCUACCUACCUACCUUCUGGAAAAUUUAUUGUCUGAGCAAAGUAAAUUUGACUGAUUUCAUCAAAAUAGAUCACUGACUUUUUUUUAAGCCAGCAGAGGAUACAUUUUGUUAGCAACCCAGAGAGAGACAAAUAGAAGUGUCUCGUAGAUUGAGACCAAAUCCAUACCCCUGAAGCCCCACCUGAGAAAUUUUACUUCCUAAGGUAGAUCUAAGAAUGUAUAGAGGAAAAUGUGUGAUUUAGUUUGCCUGGUUUUAUCCUCCGUAGGAAUGCAGCAGAGACAGGGCCUUGUGCUCUCAACAGUGUCCUCCUCUGGCCAAGAAGGGUUCAAAGGGUAUUCCAUCCAGUUCUUGGUUAAGAAGGAAGAUGGAUGCAACACAAGGCAUGGCUAAUUUAAAAAGGCAUGAGGCCUUACGGUGAAUAACUGACUUGAAGCAAAAAAGUAGCUUGAGAACAGUAAUAUCAGAUCAAGAGGGAAUAAAGCAUGACUUAUGCCAGGCAAGCAUUUUUCACUAAUCAGAUUUUAGGGACUUAAGUUUUCAAAUUACUAGAAGACAGCAUCUUUAUUAUGAGCUAGAUAGGCCACUGCUUGUGCUGAAUAUCAAGUGCCUCUGUUUGAUUUCUCUUCCAUGGGGAGGUGAUGUGCAUGGUGACUAGAGCACUGGAGUGGGCUGCAGGAGACAUGGGUUCCAUAACUUGACUCUGCCACUGACCUGCUAGGUGACCUCUCCAAGCCUUAGUUUUCUCGUGUGCACAGUGGGCAUCUUGAGAUAUAUGGAUGAAUUAUUACUGCCAUAUCUUUGAGAUGCAUGAGAUGUGUGCAGUGCCCAUAAAUGGUGUCAAUUCCACUGCCUGAUGCUUGACUAUCACCAACUUUCAGUACUGUAAAAUGGGCACUCUCCUACCCAGUUUUUUUUAAGGGACUUCACUCUGUGAUUUCAUAUGGAAGUGUCAGUAAUCAGCUUGCUGCAUUGGGCAAGAAGUUGAUACAAUAUAAUGGUUCCAAAAAUAGAAUGUUUGGAUUUAAAUUCCUUGUAACUCAUGUAUGUAGGACACAGACUAUACAGUGAUGAGGGUAAAUGAAACAGUCUACAUACAAA